CGGCAGCAGCAACACUGUUUGCCGCUUCUCUCGCAUUACACUGUGGACAAGCAGCAGAGCCAGUCAUUUUCGAUCCGCAGAGCUUCUCUUGGAGUGUUUUUUCUUUUCGCGCGUCGAUCGCCAAGAAGAAGAAGGCCGAUUUCGCACGAGUUUGGUGCAAAAAAUAAUUUUUGUUUCGUUUCGGAGCCUAUUUGCCACAUACCGCCAACAUGUCGUCUGACGAUGAAGUUCAGGUACAAAGCUCGGAAGAAGAGACUACUGCCGCCGAGGCCCCAAAGCGCGGACGCGGGCGUCCGAAGAAAAACGAAAAUUCAUCGCCGUCUGAGAUGCACCACAAGUCAUACAUGCCAAUGUAUUUGUGGAACGCAUAUCAGUCACUGAUGUUGCGUGUGAAGGCAGUGAGCCCACAAUCUGGCCGGGAAGGAGGCUCUCCCGAGCGCAUACCAGUAGAGGAAAAUUUCCUCGCAGCUCAGCCCUCCGAGCCCUGCAGUUCGCUGCAAUUCGACUUUAAAACUCCGCUGCCGCCUUCAACUGUUCUGGAAUCAACGACAGAACCAGUAGUAUCAGCACCAGCAGCAGUAUUCACAGCGCCAGAAGAAGCAAUAGUAUCAGAAACCCCAGAACUCCAGCCGGAACAAGAGCCAGCGCCAGAACCGCUUCUGGGGGGAUGUAUUUCUGAUCAGCAGCAACCAAUCAUCGAAGAUAGCGAAUUCCAGCCAGCGCAAAAUUUCCAAUUUGGGGAAUCCGACUUCGAUUUUCUGCUCUCCAAGGGUUGUGGGAAAGGCCAUCAGGUAGAGGAGACGCCGAGAGAUUCUUUGCUGCUGAAGUUCGAUCCACUGUUGAGGGUACCCGUGUGUCGUCUCAGCGUAACGGAAGAGCAGGAGGAGCACGAGAACAACAGCAGCAGCGUGGGUGUUGUAGAGAUUCCUCAUAUAGUGGAAACAGCACCAGCAGCGGAGGAGGCAGAGGGAGACAGCGGCGGUGAAGCUUUAUUGACAGCACUGGAGGCGAGCGGGUUUGUUGCUGUCUCGCCGUCAUCGAGCAGUAUGAACAUUGAUGAGGAAAAAAAAUCGCAACCACACUGCGCAGAUGAAGAAACAACAGUCGAAGCAAUGAGCGUUGACAAUACAAUGGUGCUCGACAGCGAAAGCAGUACAGAUCGAAACAUGAGUUGCUCCGACCCGGAAUUCAACAGCAGCAAUGAGCUGGUGGACACUAAAAGAAGUAAAAAUGAAUCACUGAAAAUCGAGGAGUUGGAAAAGAAACUUGCCGAUGCGGAAAUUCGCGAGGAAACGCUACUCAAACGAAUCACGGAGAAGGAUAAAACCAUUUCAAAGAUGAGCGGAGUGGUGGAGGCGUACGAGCGGGCUAUCGCGGAAUUGAUUGCGGAGAAGGAGCAAACUACGCAAAACUACGAGAAAAUGUGCGAAGCGCUGAAGGCCGACAGCGAUAUAAAUGCGCAACAUUUGGAAUCACUGGAGAAGACCUUCUCCGAUCUGCACGCCAAGUACGAACGGAUGAAGGUCGUUACGCAAGAGUACAAGGAGCGCGAGGAGGAGCUGGUCAGCGAACGGAACCGGUUCGAGGAAAGCCUCCGGAUGCAGGAGAAACGCUACGAGAACAUGAAGAGCCACGCCAUGACACAGCUCGAGAUUGCAAACACCAAACUGUCCGAGCUGUUGAGGAAUCAUGCCCAGGAGAUUACCAAGCUGAAGGCACUCCUCAAGAAGGAGGAAAUCUACCGCGCGUCCGUUAACGAGCAGUUGAACCAGAAGUCGCGGGAGAACGACGAACUGGUCAAGAUCUGCGAGGAGUUGAUCAAUGGAGGUGCUAAUUAGGGGAAGCAAAAAGUUACUAUCGAUUAAGAAUAUGGAAAAUAAAUGUUAUGACAAACAAAUUAAAACGUGACCCUAAGUGCGUAAAUAAUAAUACACGAGUUAAAUUUCAACAUCA